AGUGAGGUCCAUUCCCCACAACCUAACCACUCACUAAACACAAAUCUCAAUCUAUCUUAACCAGUGGUGUACUCUCAUUCAUGCCCAUCUGCCCUCUCUCCUGCUUCUUCUUCUGUCUCUACUGUUAGAACGCCGUUCAUUUGCAGCUCCCCAAUGUGUACUCUCUCAUAACAACGUGGCCCUCCAUUCACUGUACGCCCAUAUUCCUACCGUUCAUCAUUCAUGACCUCGUGAUCAGAUCAUCAUCGUAUUGUAGCUUUGCUUUGCUUCCCCACUUUCAUUCUCUUUUAUGUUUCCACAACUGCAACUACAACUAGGUUUGAUGGGUCGGUUGGAUUGGGUGAGACCUUUCUUUGCAAUGCAAGGAAAUCAACAUUCUACCUCAAGGGCUGAUGAGAUAAUGGCAAAGUACAGGCCAAUUGCUCCCAAACCCCCUCUUCUAACGACUUCCAGUUUAGGUAAGCCAACUAAUUCUUCUGACUCUACUAUUUCUGCCUUGGAUUUUCUUUCAUCUUUCAGUAAUACCCACAAGAGAAGAUAUUGUAAUGGUGGCUACAAUAGAAGUCAUGGGUACAAGAGGAGGGCAUCUGAUUGUUUUCAAGGGCAUUCACCCAGAGUCCUGAAGAAAUCAAGAGGAUGCCCCAGUAUACCCUCUGAGGGAAAAAUCAACCGCGAUAUUAAAAUUCCUAGGGUUGAAGUUGAUGGGCCUGAAGUUUUGCAGACAUCAAUGAUUGAUAAAGAAUUGGAGACUUUGGAGAGUGGAGAGGCCAAUGCUUUUAAUCGAAGCAGUGUUUUGGAUAAAAGAUAUGGUGGAUCUGACCAAUGGGUUGGCAUAAAAAUGGUGAUGGAGUCAAUUGGGGAGGUGGGUGUUGAGAAUCCUGCAUCAAACGUACAAGAUGUGAGUGUGCCUAAAGUUGCAGAGACUCAAUGUGGUUGUGGGUCUGCAAAAUUUUUUGUUUUCCCUAUCGUUGGUGAUAUUCAUCAGGAAGAGGAGAAGAAUCUGGUUACUCUUCCACUCCUUCCACAGACACCACCGUUGCAGAAAGCUUCUAUUGCAUCGUUGAGACUUUUUGGUAGAGAUCUCAGCCAUAGGGAAGUUGGGUCCUGCCAAAUUAGUAAUAAUGAAAGCCCAAAGCCGGAAAAGGUUGUACCCAUUGUUGGCCUUUCAUUCAUCUGAGCGAUGUAUUGUAUUGUAUUGUAUUGUAUUGUAUUGUACGUCCUUUGUUGGUCAUUUUGUUGUUGGAUAGUUACUGUGUGGAAGUUUUAUAGUUCAGGUUUGUAUAUUAGAUUCGAGAGGAUGUCAGAAGCUGCCCAGGUCAAGAGUUGUAUCAGAUUAGAUACCAUUAUCUCUUGGUCCUUUCCCUCUGCAAAUCUGUCUUGUAUAUUACACUGGAUUUGAAGCUGUCUAGAUCUAGAGUAAAUGUGUAGAAACUGCUAGGAAUGACCAGAGCAAAAGAAAAUCUGUAGAUGCAUAGAUCAGGUCUUGCAGUCCAUAAGAACGCCCAAAUACAUUAUGUAAAUAUAUGGAUCAUAUCUUACUAGCGUCCAGAAACCUAUGUAAGUAUUGUUAAAUACCAUGUUUGAUAAUAAUAUAAUACCAUUUUCAUGCA